CCCAGCCUUCUCUAAUGCGAGAAGAGAGGAGACGGACUAGUUCUGUAGCCUAACGGAGUUUACGGAGGGGGGGAAAAAAAGGUAGCCUAGUGUUGGCCACUAAUUUGGAAUAGUGGAUUUUCGUCCGUUUGACACCAGUGAUGCUCUUCAAAGAUGACAAAGCACUUGAUGGGAGAAAGACGAGACAUUUUUAGAAGAGAAGCAACAUUCCGAAGAGACAGAGUAGGGAUGCUCGAGCGUUGUCACAGCGACACAUCUUGCUAGGACACUGUGCACGCGCCCCGCCGGGAGAGAGGAGGGAGCGUGAGCGAGCGAAAGAGGCAAUCGCACAAGCACAGCAUAUUUUAGGUCUAUGCCAGUCGGAGGAGAAUCACGGAAACCGUGCAACGCUGUUACCCAGCGACGAAGCAGGCAAGCGCCACUAAAUCGUAUUCAAACUGUCGUUGGUGCUGUCCUCUCCACCGGCGAAGGGCGAGCGGGGAUGUAUUUUCGGUAGAAAAUUCACCCGCAUUUAAAAUCACUGUUGACAAUUUAUGUAGAUGAGGAAUUAGUCUAUAUCGUUUUGUUGUCAACAAAGAACGAGAUAUAAAGAUAUGUAGACUGACGCGUCAGAGAAACUGAUCAAACGAACAAUUCAUGUAGGCUAUUUCUUAUUAUUGCUAUGCGGAGGAGGCGGGGGAGACAAUUCUUUGUAGUCUACCUUGGUGGAAGAAUCAUUCCAAAACCCGCUCUAAUGCCUUCAUCUAGUGCAUGUGUAAUGCGCCUUACGCAGCAAUAGGCUUUAUUUUGUGGUAGCUUAUUCAUUUCCCUCCGUCAUUGUCUCCCGGUCCCUUAUCAGAAUGUGGUAGUCCGGUCAACCUGCAGGUCGGUCAGAUUGAGCUGGUGUUGUCGGUAAACAGAAAACGGGGAAGGUUUUCAAAGUCUAAGCUUCUCCAAAGGACUAUGCUUCAAUAUUUCCCGUUCUAAAAGGAAUGGUGUGACAACGGUCUAGAAGUCAAAGACGAGGGCAAAAUCAAAGGAUUCCCUUUGAAAAACCCUUGGAAUCCUGCUACCCCCCUUGGAACACAUAACAGGGUUAGUUUGUGACUGCCACCGUUGACCAGGAACUGUGACCCCAGACAUUGACCGGGAUGAGGACCGUACAGGAGGAUGGAACGUAACAGAGUUCUGACCGUGGAGCCGUUCUCGACCGCGACCGUAGACCACCAACACUGACCACAACCACACCUUCUAAAGACCGCCUGGUCUCCCCCUAACCCCCCACCCCUCCAGCCCCUCUGUCUUACACCGCACCCCCCCCCCCCCUCGCCACUCCACUCCUCCACCUAUCCUCCUGCACUCACUCCCUCGCUCCAGACCCCCUUUUUUGAGGGUCUACUUUUUCUUUCAUAAACACUCUCAGCCACCACUUCUCUCUUUCCAUUGCGAUGUCCUUUCUUUCCAAUCGUCUAUACCUUCAUGAACAUUGAGUCCUCUUUGGGAGACAGACAUACACGGACGAUAAACGUUUAGUUGGAGGCGGAGUCUCCAUAGCUGCCAGUCAUGUAUCUUUUCCCUUUAUCCCUGUGUAAACCAAGUGGGCGGGGUCUCGGCUCUAGUCUCCGCCCCCGCUGCUACAUGGCCGACACCUGUCUAGUCUGGCUGCUGGGCCUGGCUCUCCGCCUCUCCCUGACCUCCUGCCAGAAGAUGAACUCCGCCAACAAGCCCCCCAUGGUGACCACCAACUACGGCAAGUUGCGAGGGCUCAAAAAGGACCUGAACAAUGAGAUCCUGGGCCCGGUGGAGCAGUACCUGGGCGUGCCCUACGCCACCGCGCCCAUCGGAGACCGCCGCUUCCAGCUGCCCGAGGCGCCUGGCUCGUGGCAGGAGAUCCGCAACGCCACAGCGUUCGCCCCGGUGUGCCCGCAGAACGUGCACGGCGUGCUGCCGGAGAUCAUGUUGCCGGUGUGGUUCACAGACAACCUGGAUGUGGCGGCCGGCUACAUCCAGAACCAGAGCGAGGACUGCCUCUACCUCAACGUCUACGUGCCCACCGAGGACGGUCCGCUCACAAAAAAACACGAUGAGUCUACAAUGAACAGACCGAGAGAUGAAGACAUCCGUGACCGUAGGAAGAAGCCAGUGAUGCUGUUUAUCCACGGAGGCUCCUACAUGGAAGGAACCGGAAACAUGUUUGACGCCAGUGUCCUCGCCGCCUACGGCAACGUUAUCGUGGUCACUAUGAACUACCGUCUGGGCGUCCUCGGCUUCCUGAGUACAGGCGACCAGUCAGCCAAGGGGAACUAUGGUCUGUUGGACCAGAUCCAGGCCCUGCGUUGGCUCAAUGAGAACAUCGGCCAUUUUGGGGGCGACCCCGAGCGCAUCACCAUCUUCGGCUCCGGGGCGGGGGCGUCCUGCGUCAACCUGCUCAUCCUCUCGCACCACUCCGAGGGUAAGGGGCACACUGGGUUGUUCCAGAGGGCCAUAGCCCAGAGUGGCUCAGCCAUCUCCAGCUGGUCGGUCAACUACCAGCCCCUGAAGUACACCAAGAUCCUGGCCCGGAAAGUGGGCUGCAGCCACUCGGAGACGGCAGAAUUGGUGGACUGCCUGAGGAAGAAGAACUUCAGGGAGCUGGUGGAUCAGGACAUUCAGCCGGCCCGUUACCACAUCGCCUUUGGACCCGUAGUGGACGGAGACGUGGUGCCGGACGACCCUGAGAUACUCAUGCAGCAGGGGGAGUUCCUGAACUAUGACAUCCUGAUAGGAGUGAACCAGGGAGAGGGGCUCAAGUUUGUAGACGACAGUGAAGACAACGAUGGGAUCUCAGCUGCAGCGUUCGACUACACCAUCUCUAACUUUGUGGACAAUCUCUACGGCUAUCCUGAGGGUAAGGACAUCCUAAGGGAGACCAUUAAGUUCAUGUACACCGACUGGGCCGACCGUGACAACGGAGACAUGAGGAGAAAAACCCUCCUCGCCUUAUUCACGGACCACCAGUGGGUGGCGCCGGCGGUGGCCACGGCCAAACUGCACGCCGAGUUCCAGUCUCCCGUUUACUUCUACACCUUCUACCACCACUGCCAGACGGAGACGCGGCCGGAGUGGGCGGACGCGGCCCACGGGGAUGAGAUACCCUACGUGUUCGGGGUGCCCAUGAUCGGAGCCACCGACCUCUUCCCCUGCAACUUCUCUAAGAAUGAUGUCAUGCUCAGUGCUGUAGUCAUGACAUAUUGGACUAACUUCGCUAAGACGGGGGACCCCAAUCUGCCAGUGCCUCAGGACACCAAAUUCAUCCACACCAAGCCCAACCGUUUCGAGGAGGUCAUCUGGACCAAGUUCAACUCCAAGGACAAGCAGUACCUUCACAUCGGCCUGAAGCCCCGCGUCAGGGACAACUACCGAGCCAACAAGGUGGCCUUCUGGCUGGAGCUGGUCCCUCAUUUACACUCCCUCCAUGAAGUCCUGAACCCCACCACCACCAGGCUACCUCCAGGCAGCACUCGCCCCCCCGGGGGCCCCUGGAAGCCCAAAACCCGCACCACGGGCCACCCCUACCCCACCUUCCCUGACCCCGUGGAGCCCUACGGAUCAGAGCGGCCCAGACUGGACCUCUUCCCCGGUGACACUCGGGAUUAUUCCACAGAGCUGUCGGUGACCGUGGCAGUGGGGGCGUCGCUGCUCUUCCUCAACAUCCUGGCAUUUGCCGCGCUCUACUACAAGCGGGACAAGCGUCAGGAGAUGCGGCGCCACCGGCUGUCUCCGCAGCGCCACGGUGGGCCUGCCAACGACCUGGCACACAGCCAGGAGGAAGAGAUCAUGUCCCUGCAGAUGAAGCACUCGGAGCACGACCCGCACCACGACAUGGAGCCCCUCCGGCCCCACGACAUCCUGCGGCCCUCCUGUCCGCCCGACUACACCCUGGCCCUGCGGAGGGCCCCAGACGACGUGCCCCUCAUGACCCCCAACACCAUCACCAUGAUCCCCAGCACCAUCACCGGCAUGCAGCCCCUCCACCCCUUCAACACCUACCCCAGCACCGGCCACAACAACACCCUGCCCCAUCCCCACUCCACCACACGCGUAUAGUAGAGCUACAGCUCCCCCUGGGGGACCGGAGGACCAACUACACACUCUGGUUUACCUCCAUUGGAUGGCUAUGGAUAUCUCUCUCUCUCUCUCUCUUACUCUCUGUUUCUCCAACCGUCAGCCUGCUGCCCUGAUGCUGUGUCCUUCCUACAGCGCAACCUUGCUGGGGUUAGGUGGAAGUGCAGCUGAACUGCAGGGGCAGCAGGUGUUAUUGAGGGUGUUGAGAUAUUUUGAGAGGGUCUCGUAUUCUCUGAUCCUGACAGCCCCCAAACCUGCCCACAGGAUGAUCCUCUGCCUCUUACUGUGCAUUUCAUUUUGUCGUUUUUUUCAUCCCACGUUUUCUCGGUUUCUGUGCUGUAAUAGGGUUGGGGACAGAGGAGGCUGGUGGGAGGAGCUAUAGGAGGACGGGGUCAUUGUACUGGCUGGAAUGGAAUG